CAAACGGUUCCCAAGCGACUCAGAUCGGCGGAGAUAUAGCUGGCACAUAUAGCAGAGUCCGAGUCGAGUGUGAAUCAGAGAUAGUCGAAAACCCGAGGGCCACAAGAAACUAACGGCCCACUCGAGACGAGAGACAGUCGAUAAGAUUAACGUCAAACUUAAUUAAAAAAAACUAACGAAAAGCCAGGCCACAACAAACGAUCCAUCGAUCGAUCGAUCGCAUCGUAACUCGAAUAUAUAAGUCUUAGCCUUAGAUAAUAUAGAACAGCCAACUCGAGUGGCACACGUUCAAGUGAUUCGUGAUUGUGGCUAAGCCCUGGGAAAAGUGUGUGAUUUGAGUUGGAAAUCUGUAACAAUAUCCAAGGGAUCCAAGGAUCUGAAUCCUGACAAAGAUGUACGUGGCCAACACCGGCGGCCUGAUGCUGCAGACCAUGUUGUAUUUGGCCAAUCAAACCAGUCGAGCGGCCGUCAACACCCUGGUUGAUCUGCCACCAGCCCCCAAAAGUGACAUCAACGAGGUGAAGUGCUUUGGCGUGUACGGCUGUUUUCCGAUUAAUGGGCCAUGGAACACGGUGACACGGUCGAUUAAUGUGCAUCCGCAGAAACCCUCGGAGAUCGAGCCGCAUUUCACGUUGUACUUGCGAAAGGCCAUGGAUCAGCCCAAGUACCUGGACCUCAAUGAUCCGGAUGGUGUCCAGGGCAUGGGCAUAAAUCCCAAGGGCAAGAUCUUCCUGCUGGUCCAUGGCUACCUGGAAUCCGGCGAGAUUCCCUGGAUGUGGGACAUGGCGAAGGCUCUGCUGGCCCACGAGCCGGAGGGUCGGGCAGCCGUGGUUCUCAUCGAUUGGGGCGGCGGUGCGAGUCCUCCGUAUGUCCAGGCGGUGGCCAACAUCCGGCUGGUGGGCGCCAUCACCGCCCAUGUGGUGCACAUGCUGUACGAGGAGCUGCGUCUCCCCAAUCUGGACAAUGUCCACAUAAUUGGCCACUCGCUGGGCGCCCAUCUUUCGGGCUAUACGGGAUAUCAUCUGCAACACGACUUUGGCCUGAAGCCGGCCAGGAUUACGGGUCUGGAUCCGGCUGCUCCACUUUUCACGGACACCGAUCCCAUCGUUCGACUGGAUAAGACCGAUGCCCACUUUGUGGACAUUGUGCACACGGAUGCCAAUCCCUUGAUGAAAGGUGGACUGGGCAUCAAUAUGCGACUGGGUCACGUGGACUUCUUCCCCAACGGAGGAUUCGAUAAUCCCGGCUGCAACAAGAAGUUCCAGGAUGUGGCGAAGAAGAAGACGCUGUUUCUGACCGUGCAGGAGUUCCUCGGCUGCAAUCACAUCCGCAGUCAGCAGUAUUUCACGGAGAGCAUCGGUUCGCAGUGCCCUUUCCUCGGAAUAACCUGCGAUUCUUUCGAGAGCUUCAAGGACACGAAGUGCACCAGCUGCGAGGAGCCGGGCCACACCUGUCUGCGGAUGGGCUAUCACAGCCAGGAGGAUUACCAGGAGCAGGUGGAUAUGGGCCAGGUGCAGCAGGGCGACUCACCAGGUGUCUUUUACCUGUGGACAGGCGAUAGCAAGCCCUUCUGUCGGCUGCACUACAGGAUUACGGUGCGAGUUUCCGGACAUGAUGAGAGUACACUCCAUGGCGGUGAGGUGGGCAUCCUGUCCGUUCAGCUGCACGAUGCUCUGCACAAGAGAGCCACCACGGAGAUGAUGAAAUUCUCUCCGAAGGCCAUGUACUUUGAGCCGGGCUACGAAUACAAAGCACUGGUGGCCGGAAAAAAUCUCCGGCAACCGGAAUACGCCACCGUAAAUUGGGAAUAUCCCACGAACAUACUGAAUCCACUCACCUGGCGCAUCCUAUCGGCGCCGCGAAUUUACCUCGAGUACAUCCUCAUUGAGGCGAUGGAGUCCAACGAGCUCUAUCUGAAAUUGUGUCCACAGCACGAGGGAGCCAUUCUCACGGGCGCCGAAAAUGUCCUGCGCUCCAGCUAUUGCAAGGAAUAAUAAUCAUCUGUUAAAUUAACAACCUGAUUUGGUAGCUUAUUGGUUAAUUGAUUUUGUAAUUGAUUUAAGAAGCCCAUUGAUUUAGACGAUCGCUUAUUGGCCAAGGUAAAAUUGCAUUAUCUUAAUUAAUUUUCUAAUUAAUUAAUGUUUUUUUCCUUGGCUGAUUAACAAUCUAGUUAAAUAUGGAUUAACCUUAAUCAUUUCAUUUAAUUAAUUAAUUUUCUACUGAAUUUUGAAUUGUAUGUAAACUAUAUCAUUAAUUAAUUAGCUAAUUAAUUUUAUGUUCGACUUAUAUAGUUUAUUGAUUAAUUAGCUAAUUAAUUAAGAAUAUAGUUAUUACUUCCUUGGCAGAACUGCUUCAUGUAGAGAAUCGAGUCAAGCAGUGCAGGUUCGCGCCUCCGCUUAGAUGAGUACCCAAUAUAACCGUUGGUGCGUGUCUGCAAAAUGAGAACAGAUCUAAAAGUGUUCCUACUUGGAUUUUUAUAGCAACUGCCCAAGAAAGAACAGUUUGUAUUUUAUUAUAGUAUUUUAAUAGUUCGCAAAAGAAACAAUCAUCAAACCGUUAUUUAUUUUAUAAAAUAUUUUUUUGUCAUUUUUUUUUGAGCAUAUAAAAUGUAUUUGUAGUUAUAGUACAUUGAUGUAGCCUAAUUUAAUGUAAAUAAAAACGAAAACUUUGAAAAGAAAACUAA